AACGGGACAAUCUCCGGAGGUCUGCAAGGCAUGCUUCUCUCCCACAUACAGAACCACCUGGGCUUCUCCAUGUCCUUCACCCCAGUACCAGGCGUCAACGGCUCCUCGCACUGGGGCCGCACCUUCUCCGUCAUCCGCGACGGCAUGUUCGACAUCUCGCCAUCAUCCUGGACCGUGAGUCACGCUCGACACGCGCUGGUUGACUUCACGUUCCCAACGGUAACCGUGACAGUGGGAUUCGGCAUCAGAACACCCGACGCCGAGACGGACACCACGGCUUUCCUGCGGCCGUUUGACGAGUCUGCGUACGCCGGAGUGGUGCUGCUGCUUGUGCUGCUGGCCACAGCCGCGUGGCUGCUGGAUAACCGCAGUCGGCUCCUGGGUGAGGAAAGCAGGAGUGUGCCAGAGCAGUCAGCGUUUCUGGGCGAAAGCGAACAGGUGGAAAAGAACGGAUCUAGGAGGCUGGUGGCUAAAAAGAUUUGGCUAUCUAAUAAGCUACGACGGGUCUUUCUAAGAGGAGAUCUAAGAUCUAGGAGACGUAUAAAUAAGACAAAGCAGCAAUUGCUACAAACAUCUUCCAGGGUAAGAAUUCACCCAGGCAUCAACUCAGUUGAAAGUAAGUCUAAAACUCGACAGGGAACGACUUCAGCGAAAUCCAACUCGACAAUCCUCAAAAGACGACGGGACUCCACACGUCUAAAUGCCUGGAUUUCUGACACUGACACCCGUCAACAGAUUCAGAAAGAGGUCAUCCCUCGAAAGAACAUUCGAAACAGUUCAGCUGCUCUUUCUCAGAAACAGCACAACUGUCACGAGGAGGACAACUCCGAGAAAAUCCCGAUGUUCGUUUGGCUUCUGACCCUCUUCGGGACCUUCUCAUUGCAGGGAAGCGCGCUUACCCUGCAACGUCCCGUCUCUAGAGCCAUCCUGCUCACCGGCUUCGCUACCGGCAUCCUCGUCUGUAACUUCUACAACAGCGGCUUGUAUUCGCAUCUCACUGCCACCCGUGCCGCAAUGCCCUUCUCCUCCGUGACCGAACUCUUUCGUGACAGUUCGUUUACCAUCGGAGCUCAAGUGAGCUUCUACUUCUCCACUGCACUUUCACGACUCACUGGAUUUUCCGUCACUGAAGUUGAUCGCCGACUAGAGAACCAUCUCGGCAUACACGAUCGCGAAAUCGAGCGCCUGAUCGCUAAGCCUAAAUUCGCGUUCUUGAUGACCUCCACGGCUUUCAAACUUGCUGUCCGCGUACCUCCGUGGCAGGCGGAUCGUUGUCCCUCGUGCUUCGUGCCACUGAAAGGAGUGCCGCCGGAGGAACGUGCCAUCAUCUUCAGGAAGGGACUGGACGCAGAGCACGGCAUCAUGAACCGACAGCUGCUGAGGCUGUGGGAAGGAGGAGUGCUGGCCAGGGAGAGGGCCUACUGGCUACCGGAGACACUCAGCGAGAGCUACAGGUGCCACCCAGGAGCAAGAAGCUGGGAUGCCAUCGCUGUGAGCCAGGUUUACCCACUGUUUGUGCUACUGCUAACCAGCGCGGCGGCGUCGCUGCUAAUUCUGGCGGCGGAAAUCAUCCACUUCCGGUGGUCAAGAAAUGGCCGGAAGCGCGCCACUUCAAGGAGCUAACAUGCCACCGGAAAUGGUUUUCUGAUGGCUGAGAUGGUGUUAUAAAGGCGAGAAAUACAGCCAUAGAUCU